AUGUGCUCCUCAAUACAAUCUUCAUUGGAACACUAUACGACCAGUAAUAGUAUAAUACAACUUGAUUAUAUGCAAAGAAGCAAGAAGCAAACUUCAAAUUUCACUUCAUAUUCCUUCUCUAAUUCUCUCUGGCAGCAGUUUACCUCCGAUUCCAUGGAGAAUUUGACAUCUGAAAACGAAAACAAAAUGACGAAUAUUGUUGAAAUAUCGGAAGAAGAUGUCCAUGGGGUGCGGUCUCUUACACCUCCAACAGGGGACAAUGAGAAGAAUCCAAAUCCCAUCAAGCAAUUAAAGCCACAAAAAACUGGUGUGGAUGUCAAACGUCACAAAAAACUUAAAUUAAAGGUUUGGAAUGAUUUUGAAGUUCUGGAUACUGAUGAAAAUGGUGAAUUGCAUUGUAAAUGUAAAAAGUGUGGUCAAGUUUAUAAUGCUGAAACUAGAAUGGGUACUGGAAAUUUAAAACGCCAUCUUAGGAGUUGUAAACCAAGUCGUUUUAAGGAUAUUGGGCAAAUGGUUUUGGAUAUUGGUAGUUGUUACGGUGCAAAGUCACUCUUGGAUGUAAUGUUUUAG